AUGAUCCUUUGUUUUGCUGUCAGGGGCCAGAGAGUGUCGAUCACGCUUUGGAAUGAACUGACGGCAGUCCUUGAUCGACCUGCUUUGAUUCAAGCGGACUCCAUUGAGCCAGUGAUCGUUGGAGUUGGGGGGGCUCAUGCUGGUGAAUAUUCCUGUUCGAGCUCCUCUGGAACCCGUAUAGUUAUUAGCCCGAGGAUACCAGGAGCAUACAGUCUCGCUGCUUUUUUUGGUGGAUCCAGAGUUCCUGUUGCUGAUUUGCCGGUCAAGUUUGCGACCCCAGGGGACGCUGUUGCUGAUGCUGAGCGGAGAACCAGGACCAUAGCUGAGCUUCUUGAUUUGCACCAUGGCGGUGCUUCUGUCGAUGAAAAGCAUCGUUGCGGUGGUAUAGUCCGAUCAGUUGAGUCCCGGAGCCCGUGCUACAAGAUCCAAUUGACCCUGCGUGAUGCCACUGACGAGGCCCCUUUCAUUAUUUUCGGCCCGUGUGGGAACAAUUUGGUGCUCACAUCUGCCCAACUGCUGGCCCAGAGAUAUCCUCACAGGUCUGGCCAGUUGCCGCCUGAACUUGAGGCUUUGCUCGGCCAGUUUGUCAGGUUUGAGGUCAAGCUUCCGAUGGUUGGGUCAAGUGGAGUAUCUACGGGUGAAUUCUGUGUUUUCCGAGUUAUGCCCCGUGAUGUUCAGGGCCCAGUGCUUGGUCUUACAGGAGUUCCAGAUGUCACAGGCAGUGUUUCUUCGUCCCAAACCCUAAGUCAGUCCUAUUCUGGUCAGGAAGGAAUGUUGAUGCUGCCUGCUCCAGGUGUACCUUUCGCAGCUUCAGCUUCUGCUGCCAUACCAUCUAGCUCAUCCAAAGGAAAGGAAAAGGUUGUUGACUCAGUGUCACCUGGAGGGACGAAUCCAACAUUCCAGAUUGGCCAGGUUGCAGGGUUGCCUCUCAGUUCAUCUCAAGUUCAUUUGGCAAUCAAGGAGAAUGUUGUUGUGUCCGACGUGAUUUCGCCAAAUUUACUGCCUCCUGUUUCAUCUAUUGCACCUUUGCUUUCUGUUGCUGAUGUGAAAGGAAAAGGAACAGGUCCAGGGGCGACUGUUGUGGCAGCUCCUUUUACCAUAGCAGAUCCUUUGAAGGUCUCUAAUAUCCAGUCAGUUGGUGCUGUGAAAGGUGCAAUGGGGACUCCUGGAACUCUGAGUGAUGGUAUGGAUGUGAUGAGUUCUACUAGCCAGGGAGUACAUGGAUUGUCAUCCAUUGCUGGGCUGGGUUCUGAAACUCCUCAGAGUAAAAUCAGCAAGUCAUCUUCGGCAGUUUCGCCUUUGUCUUCAAGGAGUCUCUUGAUAUCACCUCUGGCUAAGGUGAAGAUUGAGAAGCUGGAAUCUUCUGGAACUGGAUCUCCUAAUGUGAGGCAGGAUGAUGAGCAAACAGAAAGUUCGUCCCCUUUUUCGCUUGCUGACCAAGAUUCACACCGGGCGCCUGGGAAGCCUUCUACUGCUAAGCGUCGCCUGUAUGAAUCUUAG